AUGGGAGACGUGGUGGUGAUGGACAAAGACGGUCUGGGCGCCCCCCAGACGGUGGGUAUAGACCACACACCGGAAUUUUGGACGGAGCCACAGCAUACCUCCCCAGACACCAUCGAAAACGCACCAUUUCUCAGCAAUGUACGGGUGGAUUCGAGCAAAUGGCUGCCAGAAUAUGCUAGUCCCAUGUCGCCAUCGAUCACCUCGGCAGACUGCCACGCUCUUAAUGAACAAGGUGCAUUUAAUGUCCCAGGCCCCAGGAUCAGAGCAGGGAUUUUGAACGGAUAUUUCCAGUUUGUGCAUCCGGAACUACCGAUCUUGAGCCCGGAAGAUUUCUUGAUGGUUCUUGAUAAAGGCUAUAGCGGUAGUCGGGGUAUCAGCUUUCUAUUGUUUCAAGCGGUGAUAUUCGCCGCCACUGCAUUCCAGACAGCCGAUUCUCUGGCGCUCGAGGGAUUCAAUGAUAGGAGAGAAGCACGACAAGAGCGAUUUGAGCGCAUCAAGCUUCUUUAUUCAUACGGCUGCGAAGAAGACCGCAUCACUAUUUUGCAGUCUGUGCUGUUGAUGACAUAUUGGGACGACACUUCCAAUCAAAGCCAGGAUGCCUGGCAUUUUCUUGGCUUAAAACGAGCCCAACCGCUUCGGAAAGAAGAUUCAUUCGACAGAAACCGGGGCUUUGGAAUCGAAUCUCUUGGUCGUGUUACAUCAGAGACCGGCUAG